UUUGCCUUUGCUUUGAAGGAUCCUUUGGUGGUAAACCUCUCCAGCCCAGGACCCUUGACUUCAGCAAUGUUCUUGUUCCUUCACAGCAUGAGGGAGGCUGGAAAAGGGCCUCUUUCUCCCAAAGUGCUGUUCAGCCAGCUUUGUCAAAAGGCUCCUCGAUUUAAGGGGUUCCAGCAGCAGGACAGCCAGGAGCUUCUGCACUAUCUGUUGGAUGCAAUGAGGAUUGAAGAAACAAAGCGUAUACAAACUGGUAUCUUAAAAGCAUUUAAUAAUCCAACUACUAAGACAGCAGAUGAAGAAACCAGAAGAAAAGUCAAAGCAUAUGGAAGAGAGGGUGUGAAGAUGAACUUCAUAGAUAGGAUCUUUGUUGGUGAAUUGACUAGCACUGUCAUGUGUGAGGAAUGUGAAAAUAUUUCGACAGUAAAAGAACCUUUCAUUGAUCUUUCACUUCCUAUAAUAGAGGAGAGGGUUGCAAAACCUGUGCCUUUGGGAAGAACAGCCAAAGGUAAAAGUGUACAAGAGGCAGAUCUUGGUCAGUAUAGCUGUUCUUCUAUCACUGCACUGAAUAAUCAACCUAAAAUUGUCAAGAAACACACUUUAACAAAAGAUAAGAACCAACUGAACCAGGAGAGGCGCCUUGCCAGAACAGCUUCCUCCAAUGAAGAAGAAAGAAGUCCUGUUAUCAUGCAGGAAAAAACCAAAAAGCUUGAGGUGGAAGGUAGCUCUGGUGUCCUGUACUCCAGAGACCCAACUGCAGAUCCUGCUGUCACGGGCAGUCAGACUGAGGGCAGUGAGAAGGAAGCCAGUCGCUCCGAGAGCAGCUUUGAUGCGGACAGUGAAGCCUCGGAAAGCGAAAGCGCUUCUAAGCAGACAGAUUUCAGCCCCUCCAGCAAGGUGUCUGGUGUCAGCACCAACCACCUCAACGUUAGGAAGCCCAGUGACAGCAACGAUGAGGUGAUCUCCACUGCCAUGUCCAAGCUCAGCUUCUGUGAUACUAAAAACGAAGAGAAAAAGUCGAGCCGUGGGGAUCCCACAGUAGGUUUAUCAAAUAAUUCCACGUUCUCUGUCGACAAAUCCUCACUCUCCCAGAAUCCUCAAAAUGCUUUUCAGACACUUUCCCAAAGCUACAUAACUAGCUCGAAGGAAUGUUCUGUUCAGUCCUGCCUUUAUCAGUUCACCUCUGUAGAGCUCCUCAUGGGCAACAACAAGCUUCUGUGUGAGAGCUGCACAGAGAGGAAACAGAAGUAUCAGAAGAAAACCAACUCCACAGACAAAAAAAUGGAAGGUGUCUACACAAAUGCUCGGAAACAGCUGCUGAUUUCUUCUGUUCCUGCUGUUCUUAUUCUCCAUCUGAAAAGAUUCCACCAGGCUGGUUUGAGUCUACGGAAAGUCAACAGGCAUGUGGAUUUCCCACUGAUUUUAGACUUAGCACCAUUUUGUUCUGCAUCUUGUAAGAAUGUUACAGAUGGUGCAAGAGUGUUAUACAGCCUCUAUGGAAUAGUGGAGCACAGUGGGUCCAUGAGAGGUGGUCAUUAUGCAGCAUAUGUGAAAGUCAGGACACCUUCCAAGAAAUUACUAGAGCAUAUUUCUACCACUAAAAAUGUUCUAGGUUUAAAAGAAGCCAUGGGAGCAUCAGGAGGACAGUGGGUAUAUGUCAGUGAUGCCCAUGUUCAGAUGGUUCCAGAAUCAAGAGUACUCAAUGCACAAGCAUAUCUACUUUUUUAUGAAAGAUUAUUCCUAUAAAUCUCAACAGUUUAAUUUCAAAGAUGGUAGUGGCUAUUUAGUUUAUCUUUCAUAAAGCUGCAGUGGUAAGAGUACCUGUAAAUAUUGUGCCUUUAUCUUGUAGAGAAUUUAUCAUACGUUGACUCUGAAGUUCAGUCAAGCUAUUAGAAAUACCUGAAUGGUUCUCUUUAAAGUAUGCACUUUGCCAAACAUUUAAAAUUCCUGGAUUCAUUAAAAUACAGUACCAUUAGAAUGUAAGAUGGUGUAAGGUCUCUGGAAAGUUUGUUCUUUAUUUUAAUGAAGAAAAGCUUUCACCCAUAGCUCUAGAGCAGUUGAGAAUAAAAAUGCUGGUAGUGCCUGGAUUUGCUGGUGUACAGUAACA